CAUUUAUGAAAAUCGCAAUUAAUUGAUUUUUUUUUUACCAUAAGUAGGAGCGUACUGUAAAUUAAUUGCAAUAGGGCCGUCGUUUUACCAUUUCAGUAAGUGUUCUCUUCGCCGACAAAAUAACCGCAGCCAACGGCGGAAGAACUUCGGGUAAAACUACGCAAAGAGUCUUCUUCAAGUAUUGUGGUGCUCAUGGAUACAAGAAAGGUUCCAGUGUUCUGUUAUUGGAAUGGUUGUAUUAAAGAUGGUCCUGAUGGUCCAAUUUACGAAGGGUCAAGUCCAAGAGUGAUUAGAGUUGAAAGCAAGAUUAAAUUAUCCACAUUGUUGGAUGGUCUGCAUCGACUUACUGGAUUCCAAAGGGGAAAGUUUCAUAUUGAUUUGAUUGGUAGGUACCCUUCCAUUGUUCAGCAACCGAUGGUCAAGUUUAUGCGUUUACCAAUUGUGGAUGAUUGUAGCCUUGAGACCAUGCUUGAGGUUCCAAGCUACAAUCCUUCUGUCAAUAUUGUGGAGUUUUACUUAGAGAUCAAACCGGUUGUUUCUAAUCGCUCGCUAUUGGCAAAUCAUGCAACCCGAAAGCGUUCUCGGCAAGAGGAUGCUAAUGUUGAUGCACAUGGAAAUGUGAGUAUGAGAAAUACUACACAAAGAAGCCCGCCAGAGGAUAAAAAUGACGGGCGGGUUAAAGAUGAGAAGAUUAUGGAUGAUGGUAAUAAUGAGGCUGUAGAGAAGGAUUCAAAGAUGAAAAAGCUAAGUCUAACCAUAGACCUCUGCGUUAGUGUCCCGAAGCAGAUGAUUCUCUCUAGUACAUGGCUCGAUGAACGUGAGUUGCAUGUUGGGAUGGUUUUUGGAGAUAAAGAUGAGCUGGUUAAAGCAGUGAAGCUGUACUCUGAUAGAAGGCAAAGAAAGUACCGUGCAGACGAGUGUUUAUCUACUUUUCAAUGCAGUAGAGGCUGCAUAUGGGUUCUCAAGGUAGCUGAAACGAAGAGCAAUGGCUUCAAGAUAACAGAAUAUUCAGGUCCACAUACUUGUCAGCCAGCAGAUGUGGGCUCAGAUUUUCUGGCAGGUGAGAUCCAAGGUCUCAUAAAGGCUCAGCCCUCUCUCUCAAUUGCGGACCUGUUCGCGUGGGUAAAAGGAGACUUUGGCUACACAGUCUCGCAUUCUAUUAUGUCGGAUGCUAAAAAGAAAGCGACUGUUGCAAUCUUGGGAGAUUUGGACAAGAGUUUUAGCGUACUGCCCAAGUUAAUGGCUGCUCUCUGCUCAUCUAAUAAGAUGGUUUUAGACUGGCAAUACGAUAGUUUUCCUGAUCCCAAGGAUGCAUCCUUCCGUUCUGUGUUUUGGGCGUUUCAGCAGUCAAUUGAAGGGUUUCCUCACUGCAGACCUCUCAUUAUAGUGGAUACGGUAGACUUGAGCGGUAAUCACCCUGCAAAGCUAUUGGUUGCAGCGGGACGUGAUGCUGAAAGCAGGAUUUUUCCACUUGCCUUUGCGGUUAUUACCCAAGAAAGUUUGUCAGCUGAUAAUUGGCGUUGGUUCUUUGCAUGCAUCAGAGAGAAAGUAACUCAAAGGAAUGGGCUUUGUCUAAUAACAAGUCUGAAUCCUGACAUAGUUGCAGUUGUUAAGGAACCUGAGUGUCAGUGGGCGCAACACCGAUUUUGUCUUAGGCAUCUGUGCUACAAAUUUUAUGAUGUUUUCAGUAAUAAUCUCAUGACAGAGUUUGUUUUCAAGGCUGGAACCACAACGUACGAACCACUUUGUGAUUACUACUUGAUGAAAAUUGAAGGGAUGAAUCCGGAUGCUCGGAAAUGGUUAGACGAAAUACCUCUGCAUCAAUGGGCUCUGGCUCAUGAUGAUGGCGGGCUGAGAUAUGGGAUCAGGACAACGAACAUAAUCUAUAGGACAUAUGAUUUCAUAAACAAAGCCCUUGAUCUUCCAAUCACAACCUGCAUCUUGCUAAUCUUUGAUCACCUGGCAGAGCUUUUCAAAUUUCGACGUGGUCAUCCUGGGGAAUCACUCAAUGGAAAAGACUUGUAUGCGGAACAAGUCAUGACAUAUUUUGAAGCGUACAAGGUAGAUUCUACAACGCAUAAUGUAUUGCCAUUAGACUUCACACGGGAGAAGUUUGAGGUCACGCAUCAAGAUGGAAAAUUGAGUUUUGUUGUUCAUCGCAGCGAUCAGCUUUGCACUUGUGGGAAUUGGCAACUUCACAAGGUUCCGUGUUCGCACGUGAUAGCGGUUUGCAGGAGGCUGAACAUUGAUCAUCUGCAGUAUGUUGAUGACUUUUACCGUACAGAAAAUUUUCUUGCAGUGUACGCGACUGAUUUCAAUCCGCUUCCAGGCGUCGCAGAUUGGCCUGAAGCUUCCCAAGUUCCAAGAUUGUUUCCUCCUGGAAGUAGUCCGAUAUCAGCUGAGCCAAGAAAAAAGGUUACCGGAGAAAAAAGACGAUCCAAGACUGGUAAAAAGAAAAAGGAAAGGUCUGAAGUGUUGAAAACGGAACCAGAGCCAAAUCGUGAAGACGUUUUGGUUUGUUAACUGAUUUUACAUGAAUUUAGUUUGGUUUGGCUUGUUUGCGUUUAGGGAAAGGCUAUAGAAGUUGGUGAAUGUUGAAACAAAACAUUAACGAUUUUUUUUUGUUGGUAAGAUAUGUUUAGCCUUCCCUUAAACAUUAACGAUUAUUUUUUGAUGGGAGAUUGUAUUUUGAGUAUUAGUUAUCUCACUAAACACUUGAAAAA